AUGACUGUAACAACUCUGAGAGAUAACCGGAUAGAGCUGGUGAGAGCGUCGUGGUCCGAGCUGACCAUCAGUAUCAGUGAGAUCACACUGGCUGACGAGGGGAUGUACACCUGUUCUCUGUUCACCAUGCCUGUCAAGACCGCCAAGGCCUACCUUACUGUACUGGGAGUGCCAGAGAAGCCAGAGAUAGACGGUUUGACCAAGCCUGCCCUGGAGGGAGAUGAGAUCACUCUGACCUGCAUGACCCACGGCUCCAAGCCUGCUGCCGACCUCCGCUGGUUCAGGAACGAGAAGGAGAUCAAAGGUGCCAAGGAGGUGAAUGCCAGUGGGAAGACCUUCACAGUGACCAGUUCUCUACAGCUGCUAGUUGACAGGGACGAUGAUGGGGCAGCGUACACCUGUAGUGACCACGUAGCCCUGUUACAGACACCACAACAGGCUACUGAAGUACUGGAGUGUCACUAUGCUCCUCGUGUGUUGAUCACCCAGUCGUUGAGUCCUCAGGAGGGUCAGCACCUGAAGCUGGAGUGUGUCUCCAAGGGGAACCCGUCGCCAGACCCUGUGUUGUGGACUAAGGAUGGAGCAGAGUUACCAGACCUGGAGAGAAUGAUCGUACAGGGAAGAGAGCUCACCUUUUCCGCCCUUAACAAGACAGACAAUGGCACCUACCGCUGUGUGGCCUCCAACCACCUAGGCACCAGCAGUGCAGAAUACAUACUCUACGUCUAUG